AUGAUGCGUCGAAUACGGCCCCCUCGAAUAUGUUUUCUAUCGACUUCAAGAUCCUACACCACCCGGCUGGACUAUCGGAAGAAACUGAUCCCUCCGGUUCCCUCAAAAAAUAAUACCAUUACGCUUUCCCGAGCUAAGGACGAGUACGGUGUGACCGAGGAAGAUUUGAAAGACUUGGACUUCUUCAUGGUACGAAGUCCGUAUGAAGAUGGAAAGGAGAUCAAGGUCUUUCUGGAAGAUAAGGUUAUAGAAGUUGGGCAAAGAAUGGCCGGGCGGAAUGUCAAGGCCUCAAAGAAUGACUUGGAAAAGUAUCGAAAUCGACAGAAUACCCGGAUGGCGCAACAAACGAAAGGGCAAAGUGCAAAAGUUAAUGAAGGAGAUACAGUCGUGAUUUGGCAAUUCUGUGGAAAUGCAUCUAUUUUUGCCGUUAAGACUAUCUUUGCAAUUAAAACUGGUUCUGCUUCAAUGUUAUCGGAAGCAAUUCAUUCCCUCGUGGAUACAGCGAAUUCAGUUGUUCUAUAUUAUGGCGUUUAUAUGGCUCGUAGACAACCUUCAGUAGACCACCCGUAUGGGUAUGAAAACAUGCGUUACGUAACAUCGCUUGUAUCUGGCGUGGGGAUCUUUUGCCUCGGGGCAGGAGUAUCGGUUUGGCAUGGCGCAACGAGUGCCGUCUUUCCCCAUGAACUUAUCGGUUCAGAGCUGCAGAUGGCGUAUCUUGUUCUCGCUGGAUCGGCGCUUAUAGACUCGAUCGUUUUGAUAAAGGCAAUGAUGACGGCAAGUGAGCAGGCUUCAAAAGAAAAUACUUCCUUUUGGAAAUAUAUUAGCGAAGGAAAAAAUCCGUCAGUAAAUGUGGUUUUGCUAGAAGACAGUUGCGCUGUUUUGGGUUGUGUUGUCGCUGGUGUUUGUAUGGGUCUGACCCAAAUAACUGGCAAUCACUUGUUCGACGCCUCGGGUUCCGUCAUAAUCGGUUUCAUGCUUGGCGGGGUUGCUAGUUUUCUCAUGACCCAAAACUCGCGCUUUCUCAUUGGCAAGAGUAUCCCGCAAAAACAAGUGCUCGCAAUCCAGGAUCAUCUCGAGCUUCAUCCUGCAAUCAAAGGCGUGUACGACGUAAAGGCGACGUAUAUUGGGCCCGAGGUUGUGCGACUAAAAGCGGAAAUCGAUAUCGACGGUGGGGUGAUUGGUUCCGCUUAUUUGAGCGAGCUGGACGCCGCGGAAGUUUAUGCAGAGUUCCAAAACGCUGGGGAAGCAAAACUCCCCUUCAAGAGGCUGCGCCAAAUCGAUGAAUACCUCACGCUCCAUAUAAACGGGGGCAUCGACCAUCUCGGCAAAGAAAUCGACAACAUCGAAGUCUCCGUCAAAAAAGCCUUUCCUUUUGUGAAGCAUGUGGAUCUCGAGAUUCUAUAA